AUGUCACGCCUUUGUGAGAACAUGGUGGAGGUCGUCUUUGACAAUUUCAUGGUCGUUGUGGACGACAUGAAACUCGUCAAUGCCACAACAACAGGGGUCUCGCCAUGCCGGUGGAGGUGGUUCAGUUCUGCUGCAAGUAUAAUCUUGAUCUCCUCCAACAACUCUUCAAGGAAGAAGGAUAGGAGUCGUGAAACCCGUGGCAAGGUACACUUGGGUAAGGAGAUCACGAGUCUGCAAACACUAGUCGAUUUGGAGGGUUUUCAUGCAAUGGAGGGGGAACCGAGCCAGCUGAAACGGGCCGCUAUUGAUGCCUCCGCUGGAGCUCUUUCUGGUGCUGUAUCCAGGACCGUCACGUCGCCUCUUGAUGUUAUCAAGAUUAGGUUCCAGGUUCAACUAGAGCCCACAACUUCAUGGACUUUACCACGCAAGGAUUUGUCUGCUCCUUCAAAAUAUACCGGCAUGGUUCAAGCAAGCAAGGAUAUUUUCAGAGAAGAAGGCAUGCGGGGUUUUUGGCGGGGCAAUUUGCCAGCCUUGCUCAUGGUUAUGCCAUAUACAAGUAUACAGUUUACUGUUCUACACAUGUUGAAGAGUUAUGCCUCUGGUUCUUCCAAAACAGAGAAUCAUAUGAAUUUGAGCCCUUAUCUAUCCUAUAUGAGUGGGGCAAUAGCUGGGUCUGCUGCUACUGUAGGGUCAUAUCCCUUUGAUCUUCUCCGAACCAUAUUAGCUUCCCAGGGUGAACCAAAGGUUUAUCCAAACAUGAGAACAGCAUUAGUUGAUAUUGUCCACACUCGUGGCGUCCAAGGCUUGUAUGCUGGAUUGUCACCAACCUUAGUUCAGAUUAUACCAUAUGCAGGUCUACAAUUCGGCACCUAUGAUACAUUUAAACGUUGGACCAUGGCGUGGAAUCAUCGUCAAUAUUCAGAUACUACUGUGGAAAACAUCUCUAGCUUUCAGCUUUUCCUGUGUGGGGUGGCUGCAGGAACAUGCGCCAAGGUCGCCACUCAUCCGCUUGAUGUGGUCAAGAAAAGAUUUCAGAUUGAAGGUCUACAAAGGCACCCAAGAUACGGAGCUCGAGUUGAACAUCGUGCAUACAAAAAUAUGUUUGAUGCCAUAAGGCGAAUAUUACAAAUGGAGGGUUGGGCUGGUCUAUAUAAGGGGAUAGUCCCAUCAACUGUUAAAGCUGCACCGGCUAAUGCUGUAACAUUUGUAGCGUAUGAAUUGACAUCAGAUUGGCUGGAAUCUCUUUUGACUUGA